AUGAAAUUCGUUUUAGUUGUUUAUCUUUUUUGUGUUAUUUUUGUGAACUGCUCAAUCAUUCAAAGUACAUAUAUCUUCUAUUAAGUAUUGAGUCCAAAAUCAUCAAAAAGGUCAUAGAUGGUGAGGAUAGAUGGUUUGAAGGUAUUUAAGAAAUAUCCAAAAUUUAGAAAUAUCUUAAGAAUAUGAAGAUGCCAUAUAUGAAUAUGAUGCUUAUCCUGAUGAGUUGAGCAUAGGACACUAGUUGGAUUUGGGAAGGAUGAUUGAUAAUUAUGAUAUCCCAGAAGACUGCUUUGAGGAAGUGAUAAGUGUAUAUGAAUACUACGAUGCAGAUGAACCAGAAUAGAAUUAGGAGAAGCUUAAUCCAAACAAUUUUUAAGUGCAUGAUUUGGGAGAGGAAGAGUUUCUCAAACUAGAGUAGGUAGUAGAUGAAAACGGCAAUGUGCAAAGUGUCAUAGUUAAACAAUAGUAGAGAGAGCAAAUAUAAAGCACUUAAGAAAAUGACAAAAAGAGUAAAUAAAAGAAAAAACAGAGCCGUAUGAACUUACGAAAGAAACAAAGGAAAUGA